GAAUGGAUUCAAUUCAAUCACAAGCAAAAUCACAUCCAGAAGCCAUGGCAAAACAAGAGUUGGAGAAAGAGGAGAAGAACAAUGGCACAAGAGAGAGACCUAACAAGAAGGAUGUGAUCAUCACUGUCUAUGUGGAAUCUCCGGCAUCGUCUGAUUCUCAUCAGAAACCUGGUCCUGUCAAGAAGAUUAACCCCAAGCCGAGCCCCGAAAAGCCUCAUCAGACUGCGCAAACACGAAUCUAUGAUCGCCGGGCUCAACUCCUUGCUUAUUCUCAAGAGCUAAGAACAACUGGUGAUGCUCAGAAAGUGCAGUGGACUAACAACGGUUCAAAGCCUAAGCCUAGGCAGGUGGGAAACAAAAGGCUCAUAACUCCAAUAAGACACAGAAGAACAAAGAGCAGAGGGAGAUAUCAACGCUUAGUACCAGAAGUGGACGUAUAUUGCAAUCCCAAAUCGAUCAUAGGCAGGAACAAAAAGGCCAUCGGAUCAGAAACAAGUUCUAACUUUCUGAGGAAGCUAAGGUGUGUGCUGAGAGGAAUUUCUGGUUUGCUCUGCAACAAAGGGUCCAAAGUUGCAGAGAGAAAUUAUCAUGCUAUUUGAUUUAGAAUUUUUAAUGUUAGUUUGCUUGAAUGGGUCUUAUGUCUUUUUACCCACUUAUCCAGUUCUGUUUGUUACAGAAGUACAUUUAAGAUCCAUCUUUUACUCCAUGUGUAGACUUUUUAAACAUCUUGCCAAGUAAAAAAUACUCAAAACAAGGGCAGUUACUGCAGAAAAAUUUGUAGUAAGCGUGUAUACAGAACAAUGUUUAGCUCCUUAAAUAAUAUGA